AUCCACCAUCUCCAGCAUGCCUCUGCCAACGCCGGCCUCUCUCGGCCUCCCCGCCAAGCCCAGCUCGGGCUCGACCUCCGCCGCGCCAUCCGCGCUGAAGCGCCCAGCACCCCAUCCUUCCACUCCAUCCACUUCCGCCUCCGCCUCCACCUCCACCCUCCCAAACUGCUCAAUCUGCGACGCUGCCGACAAGUACAAAUGCCCGCGCUGCGCCGCGCGCUACUGCUCCGUCGCGUGCCGCAACGCGCACCAGUCUAAGACGGGAUGCGACGGUGUGCGGGACCCCGCGGCCUUCGUGCCCCUCGCAAAGUUCACGCAGGGCACGUGGGACGGGGACUACGCAAUGCUCGAAGCGACGCGCCGGCAGGUGGCGGCGUUCGGGGAGGGCGUAAGCGCCGACGAGGUGCGCGGGGCCUCGACACGAGGGCGCGGGCGAGGGCGCGGUGCGGCGCAGGUUGGACGGCAGCGCAAGCCCAAGACCGACGGGUUGAAGUGGGCGCUGGCGCAAGUCGGGGCCGAGGUCGACAUCCUACCCGACGGGAUGCAGAAGCGGCGGCAGAACCAGAGCAGCUGGAACCACAAAACCCAAUCUCUCGCUAUCACGCUCCAUCUCCUCCCGUCAGGCCGGCUAGCAACGGACGACAAAGUGCCCGUCGCGGCGCGCGUCCCCGUCCUCCCGAACGCCGCGACGCUCGCCUCCCUCCUCCCCGAAGCUUUGCGCACCACCGACGUCGUCUACGCCAUGCCCUACCACAUCCCGCGGCGGCGCUCCGCCGAGCUCCGCCCACCAGGGAGAGGCGCGUACUUCCCCCCCCUGCCCGGCAGCAAGGGGCUCGACGUCGCGCUGCACGGCACGGCGUUCGUCGAGUUCCCCGUCGUGCAUGUGUUUGCGCGCGACGAGUGGGAGCAUGCGCUGCGGUACGGGAUGGUGCGCGUCAUGCCGGGUCUGCAGCCGCCGAGGGAGGCGGCGGAAGGGGCGGGGGAGCAGCCGGCCAAGCGGGCCAGAGUCGGGGAGACGGUUGAGGGAAGCGCACUUGCCGGGCUCGGGGAUUACGGCGACUCGGACGAGGAGGCGGAGGAGGGUGUAGGCGAGGGUGCGGAAGGGGGUGAGGGUGAGGGUGAGGCGGAGGCGGAGGGAGAGGGCGGUGAUGUCACCAUCGACCCUGCGAUGGCUGAGGCGCUGGGAAAGGCGCUCGAGGCUGACUUCGGGCCUGCUUAG